AUUAAAACUCUACAAUAUUACAUAGUAUAUAAAUUAUUUUUCUCCAUUUAGUGAUUCAUGUGCAGACAUAUAUAUUGUACUCUAUUCUAUUUUUAAGCAGAUCAAAAGUGGAAAAAGUUCCUUAAAUUUAGAUAUAUUAUAGAUUCAUAACAAAUGGGAAAUUGGCAAAUGGAGGUUGGAAGAAUGGUGUCAUAUAUAUUAUUUCCCAUUGGAGUUUAUUAUUAUUUUAAUCAAACAGAAAAUAUUGAAGAAUGGAUAAAGACUGAAAAGAAAAAGUUUCAAAAUUUAGAUAACAUACAACAUAUAGAAUUUAUGAAUUUUAUUGAGGAAUUUAAUAAAAAGCAACAAUUAAAAAGAAUUAUAGAAAUGGAAGUGCAAUAUAAUGAAGUGAAAUAAAUUAAUUAUGUUUUAGAAUUAUAUGAUCUGGAAUUUUUGCUUAUAAAUGAAAACAUGAAGUACAUUAUGUAAAUAGAUAAUCUUUGCCAACUAUGUGAUAUAAAAUAAAAUCAUGUAACAUUUAGAAAGAAACAAUCACAACUUGAUAAUUGCAUGAACAUUAUAUUAUAUAGUUACGAAUAAAGGUUACGAAUUUAGUUAACUUUUGAUCUUCUUAAGCAUCACAUAUUCGAAUAUAUUCUAAUCUUUUAAAAUAUAGUAAAAAAAGUAUAACAAUUUACGAUGGUUCAAGUACGAUAUACUCGUAAUUUAUUUUUACGGGGAAUAUGUGUUAUAUAUCUUUUUGCGUUUCUUAGUUUUUAUAUUCAAAUUCCAGGAUUAUAUGGUGAUAAUGGAAUUCUACCAGCUAGAACUCAAUUAGAUUUGAAAGGUCGCACACCCUUAUUUCAAAAAUUAAGACAGAAACCAACAUUAUUGUGGUUUGCUCCUUAUUUUGGAUUGAACAUAGAAUACAUGCUAGAUAUAUUAUCACUUAUAGGAAUUGCUCUUUCUUUUGUAGGAUUUAUCUCACAGAAAUUUUGUAUUGCAUUUGUAUUUGCAUUACUUUGGUUAUUAUAUUAUUCUCUAUAUCAAAUUGGUCAAACAUUUAUGUGGUUUCAAUGGGAUGUACUUUUAUUAGAAGCAGGAUUUUUAUGUAUAUUAGUAGCACCAUUUUGUUAUUCUCAACGUGGAAAAAUAAGCACACCAAGCGAUGUUAUAACUUUUUGGACUGUACGCUGGUUACUUUUUCGUUUAAUGUUUUCUAGUGGAGUAGUAAAACUUACUUCUGGUUGUCCCAUUUGGUGGAAAUUAGAUGCUUUGAAUAUACAUUUUGAAUCGCAGUGUAUACCUACUCCAUUAGCAUGGUAUGCACAUCAUAUGCCAGCAUGGUUUUUACGUUUUACUACUGUGAUUGUCAAUAUUAUUGAACUUGUCAUUCCAUUUUUGUUCUUCUUUCCAAACAGAAAAGUGAGAAUAAUAGCAUUUUAUGCACAGGUAUUUCUUCAAAUACAAAUUAUAGCUACAGGGAACUAUAAUUUUUUCAACUUCUUAACUAUAUGUUUAUGCAUCUCUUUACUUGAUGAUCAUUUUUUCUAUAAAAGAAAAUCUAAAAAUGAUUCUUAUAAUAUUAUAAAAUAUUUCUCUACAAUAUUAUGUAUUUUAGUUUAUGGAGGAAUUUUUUAUGCAACAUAUAUAUAUUAUAAUCUUAGAUUAUCUGAUAAUUGGACUAUUCAAAGUAAUAUUGCAUUUACUCAAGAUCAAUUUGAUUAUAUAUUAUCACGUGCAAUACCACUUUCCAUUCAUAUUGGUGUAGUAUCCCUUGCAUUUACAAUAGCAAAUGCAAUAGUUGUUUCUUUACUAACUAUUAAAGGAAUACAAAAUAAAAUCUUUGCAACAUUCGUUACGAUUUUUUAUACAGCAGCAGUUUGUUUUGUUUUUGCUAUAAGUAUUGUACCUUAUGCUACUUUACAUCAUACAUAUAAUUCAACAAUACCAAUUCAAUUAAGACAGAUGCAAGGAAAAGUAGAAUAUCUUCAUUUGGUAAAUAGUUAUGGAUUAUUCAGACGCAUGACUGGAGUAGAAGGUAGAUUGGAAGUUAUCAUCGAAGGAAGUAAUAAUAUUGAUGGUCCAUGGAAAGAAUAUGAAUUUUUAUACAAACCAGGAAAUGUUAAUAAUUCAUUACCAUUUGUUGCUCCUCAUCAACCGCGACUUGAUUGGCAAAUGUGGUUUGCUGCAUUAGGUACAUAUCAUCAAAAUCCAUGGUUAAUGUCGUUAGCAUAUCGUCUUUUGAAAGGUCAACCAGAGAUAUUGGCUCUAAUGAAUAAUGUAGAAAAUCCAUUUCCUGAAAAACCACCUAGAUAUAUCAAAGCAAGUCUUUAUCGUUAUCAUUAUACUCCAUGGAGUCAAUCAUGGAAUAAACAAGCAUGGUGGACAAGAGAAAAAAUCGGAGAAUAUUUUCCAAUAUUUAGUCAUGAUCAUCCACCACUCAUUGAAUAUUUAUCAAAAAUGAAAAUUAUUCAAGAUAAGCCAGUUUACAAAGCAAUAAAUGAACCGCUAAAAUUACUCCUUGAUAGUAUUAGAUCUUUAGUUCACAAAAUUGAAGCUAGUCUUUUUUUGUGGGGAGUUUUUACAGCAGGUUGUACAAUUAUUGUAACAAGCUAUAAUAAUUCAGUUUUAAAGAAAAAAUAAUUAUUCGUUUCAUUUUUUAACAUUCUCAGUGAAAAAUAUUCAUAAUCAACAACUACAUUUAAAAAGAUGUGCUUGUGUAUAAAUGUAAUCAAGUUUGAUUGUAUCGUGCAUAUAAAUUAUUUCUUAAAUUAUGCAUAUAGUACAUUUUUACAAAUACACUUUUUUACUCUA